GGGGAGCUGCCGCUUAAUCUCUUCGAAGGCUGUAGCUCAUCGGUCACAUGAGAUGGUAGGACUCAAUAUAUAACUUUUAAGGCCCCUUUCGGAGCUACCAUGCUGUGACUCCUGCCUCCCGGGAUCUUAGUUUUCAUCAUACUCCUGGGUGGAAACGGAAAUCUUUUAACUAAUGUUUUAAAAACUGGGUUGGACACACUGGUGUAGUUAAGCCCUUUGCUUUUAUUAGGAUUGACUGUGUAGAAUUUGUUUGCAAGUAAGCUUUAUACAUUAAUAUUACAACAGACUGAUUGUCAUUUUAUUAAAGAUCAGAAUAUCUGUAUGUUUUCUUAUUGUUAGCUCUGUGUCUUUCAUAGACUUAAAUGUUUACUAUUUUUUCAUAUUCUGCCUCAUUUCAGAGGUUAAUCUCCAAAGUGUAUUAAUGUUGAUGCUUUUGAAUUUUUUGUCACCCUUAUUCCUUUCAUUAGCAUUUUUUAAGGUGAUCUGCAUCUUCUGACUGAGGAAAAGAUGGUCAACGUCUUGAAAGGCGUGCUUAUAGAAUGUGACCCUGCCAUGAAGCAGUUUCUGCUGUACUUGGAUGAGUCCAAUGCCCUAGGGAAGAAGUUCAUCAUUCAAGACAUUGAUGACACGCAUGUCUUUGUCAUAGCAGAGUUGGUUAAUGUCCUCCAGGAGCGAGUAGGUGAACUAAUGGACCAGAAUGCUUUUUCUCUUACCCAGAAGUAAAAACAUUAGCUAUUGACCACUUAGGAAUUAAAAGUAACAGAUGUCAGAGACUGUCACCAUUUAGCAUCUUAUGUAACAGGUUAGAGAACUGCUGAGAAGAUGCUGCGGGAAAGAAUGGGGUAUCAUUUGUUCAGAAAAAGCCCCAGAACAGAUUUUCUUGUUCUGUUGUAUGUUUUUUAAUAUGUGUACCCUAGAAUUUAAAAGCUUUACCAGUUGGCUGUAAUUUGACUUUCAUUGUCCUUUAUUAAAAUAUAAGUGGUUUUCUGAUCUU